UCUCUUUCUCUCUCCGCUUUAAUUAAAAGAAAAGGAAAAGGGAAGAAGUGUCUUUCUAUUCGCGAUUUAUAUCGCCGCGCCAUCGACAUGUCGGCACUUCGCGCGGAGGAUAAAACGGAGUCUGAGGAGAAGAAGCAGCAUGAAAGUGAGACUGAUGCAUCCUGCAUCACAGCAGAGAAGUCAGAGAUAAGUGAAAGUACAGUUGCAGAGAAGUCAGAGAUGAGUGAAAACACAGUUGCAGAGAAAUCAGAGAUGAGUGAAAACACAGUUGCGGAGAGUUCUCAAAGUAGGAAGCGCAGUUUGUCGCCAGAUCGCGAACGGCCGUCCAAAGUAGUGAAGCACGACAUUGAGGAUGAUACCUCGUCCUCUAGUACAAGUGUUCCUUCAGAUCUAACAACGUCCGGAGGUAAUGAAAAAAAUAAGGAUGCAGCUGAUCAGAACAGGACAAAUGUUGAUAAUACUGCUCUGGUAGCUAAUCACUACAACACGUUAGAGGAAAAGGGUCUCUCGCAGAGAAACCAAAGUCGUAUUGUAUAUAUGAGGAAUUUCAACAACUGGAUGAAAAGCAUGCUCAUAAAUGAAUACAUAGCCAAAGUAAGACAAGGUAAGAGUUUUGGCGCCUCGCUUAGAGUUUUGGAUAUGUGCUGCGGUAAGGGUGGGGACCUUCUUAAGUGGAAAAAGGCCAAUAUUUCGCACCUGAUCUGCGCAGAUAUAGCGCAAGUUUCGGUGGAACAAUGUCAGCAACGGUAUAAUGACAUGGUGAAUAGGAAAGGUUCCAAGGAUAGAGGCUUUGCUCCCAUUUUUAAAGCAGAGUUUAUUGUGGCUGAUUGUACAAAGGUUCGUCUGAGGGAGAAGUUCGCGGAUCCCAGUAUGCAGUUGGAUUUUGUUAGCUGCCAGUUCUCUUUCCAUUACAGCUUUGAGUCUUUACCGCAAGCAGAAUGCAUGCUUCGGAAUGCCAGCGAGAGUCUCAAGGCCGGUGGCUACUUUAUCGGAACCAUACCCGACGCAUACGAUUUAGUUUCUAGAUGGCAAAAUUGCGAGGGUAACAAAUUCGGUAACGAUGUGUAUAAUGUCGAAUUUUUAUGCGAGGAUAAAACGAAUCCGCUGCUCUUCGGCGCAAAAUACAACUUCUAUCUGGACGGUGUGGUCAACUGCCCGGAAUUUCUGGUGCAUCUGCCCACUCUGUGCAAGUUGGCUUUGAAGUACGGUCUUGAACUAGUGUCGUUUGAAAGAUUCGAAGACUUCUAUGAGCGUUUCAAAGACGAGGGUAGAUCUCUUUUAGGAAAUAUGCAGGCAUUGGAAACUUAUCCGCCAUAUCAUGAAUCACCUCUACUUGGCGACCCUGAGCGAGACUAUCAACAUGCUAUUGAAUAUAUGCAAAAUUUACCUGCAAAUCAUCGUAAAAUCGGUACUCUCUCGCAAUCGGAAUGGGAAGUCACUUCAUUGUACGCAGUAUUUGCAUUUCGAAAAAUGAAGACGAUUUGGAACAGCGAAGGUAAGCCGGAAUAUAAAUAAUAAAAUUCCGUAAGAUAAAAUUAUGAAAGGUGAAAAAAAGAGCGACUUUAAUUGAUGCUGCUGAUUUCAUAUUGUACAAAUAAUUUUAUUUGUUACUAUAUCUAGUUUAUUGUGGAAUGAUAUCAUCCGUGUGAUACUCUAGCAGAAUCAUAGUUAUUUUUUUGAGAGACUGACAAUCAUAAUUGACAAAAAUAUUAUCGAAAGCACUAAAAGCUUAAUCGUUGAAAAAUAAUUUUUUCAUCUCGAACUUCUUUCGAGUCGUAUCGAAUUUUUUAUAUAUUACACAGUAUUGCACGAAUGAUGUAGAUCUCAGGAAAUAUAUAAAAUCCUGAAUGUAUGUAAUGUUAAUUUUCUAAGCGAGUAGUUUUUAAAUAAGCUCGUAAUAGGGAAAUGUGUAUCAUAUACUUAAUUAAAAAUUAUUGGAUGAGUACAAAAGUUUGUGCCUAAUAUCAAUAGUUAUUAAUAGAACAGUUAUAUGAUAGAGCCAUAUUAUUAUAUGUAUGUAUGCACAUCUGUGGAAGAUAUAUAUAUUCAAUUCAUUUGAGCGAUAACCUUGUGUUUUGAUAGAAUGUACGGUGUAAAAACAAUUUUGAAAAUGAGCGAGGUAAAGUUGCAUUUACGACAUGUUAUGCUUUAUGAGUUUCGGAAGAGCAUGUUAACAGUGGAACUAUCAAUUGUAAGGAAUCAUUUUUCAUCACACAUUGCAAAAUAGACCUUACAAUUGGAAUAUCACACCGUACUAUAUCGCACCAUUAGAUUAUUACUUGUUUCGAUUAUUACAAAAUAUCUACUGCUUGAGUUUUAAGUUUUAAUAAUAAAUUGGGAUACGAAUUUUCGCACUCAUCCAAUAUGAAUGUAAUUGAGAUUUUUAAUUAUAUAUAAUUGUGUGUAAAUUAGGAAUUUAAAUACUAUAAUAUUAUAAUUAAUAUAAUUAUAAUAUCAUAAUUAUUAUAUUUAUUAUAUAAUUUAUUAUAUAAUUAUUAUAUAAUACAAUUAUUAUAAUUAAUGUAAUUAUAAUAUUAUAAUUGUAUAUAUUUAUAGACAAGAUGUAAAAAUAAAAUCAUGUAUAAAAUUAUUGCUUAUAUUCACGUAUAGAUUUAGUAAAAUUAUGUAUAAUUUUAAGUUAUUUACAUUACACAAGAGAGUGAUGAUAUUUAAAUACGCACAAGUAUUUUUAAUUCAAAUUUCUCUGUAAUAACCGCGUUUUUCAUAAUGCGACUAAUCAAUGAAUUAAAAAACUCACCCUCUA